AUGGAUUGGAUCAUCAACGAUGAAAUGGGCCUCAGUGGCCAUGUGGUCGGCUGGGCCGCCGCCUCUGCCAUGGUAAUCGGGGGCGUCAUCCCCUAUGCGCAAUAUAUAGAGAUCAAGAAGACGCAGGAUGCGGAUGGAUUCUCGCUAUAUGUGUGUCUAGCCCUGGUGGCCAACUCACUGAGGAUACUCUUCUGGUAG